UGUAGAAGAAACUGCAGAGGAAACCCAAACUGUUUGGUUGGGAUUGGUGAACAUGUAUGGCUAGGAGAAAUUGAUGAAAAUAGCUUUCACAACAUCGAUGACCCAAACUCUGAACGGAGGAAAAAGAACGCCUUUGUAGGCCUAACAAAUCUUGGAGCCACAUGCUACGUGAACACUUUCUUGCAGAUGUGGUUUCUUAACUUGGAACUUCGGCAGGCACUUUACUUGUGUCCAAGCACCUGCAGUGAAUAUGUGACUGGUCAAGGUAUCCCAAAAGACAGAGAUUAUGAACCCCAGACAAUUUGUGAACAUCUUCAGUACUUGUUUGCGUUGUUACAGAACAGUAAUAGACGAUACAUUGAUCCCUCCGGGUUUGUUAAAGCGCUAGGUUUGGAUACAGGACAACAACAGGAUGCCCAGGAAUUUUCAAAGCUAUUCAUGUCACUACUAGAGGAUACUUUGUCUAAACAAAAAAAUCCAGAUGUACGGAACAUUGUUCAAAAGCAGUUUUGUGGAGAGUAUGCAUAUGUCACUGUCUGUAACCAGUGUGGCAGGGAGUCCAAACUCAUAUCGAAAUUUUAUGAACUGGAGUUAAAUAUCCAAGGGCACAAGCAGUUGACAGACUGUAUCACAGAAUUUCUUAAGGAAGAAAAGUUAGAAGGCGACAAUCGUUACUUUUGUGAAACUUGUCAAAGUAAACAAAAUGCAACAAGGAAGAUCAGGCUGCUUAGUCUUCCAUGUACACUCAACUUGCAGCUGAUGCGUUUUGUGUUUGACAGACAAACUGGCCAUAAGAAAAAGUUGAACACUUACAUUGGCUUUUCUGAAUUGCUUGAUAUGGAACCUUUUAUGGAACAAAAAGAUGGUGUCUAUAUAUAUGAACUUAGUGCGGUUCUUAUACACAGGGGAGUGAGUGCAUACUCUGGUCACUACAUUGCUCAUGUGAAAGACCCACAGACUGGUGAAUGGUACAAGUUUAAUGAUGAAGACAUAGAAAAGAUGGAGGGGAAGAAAUUGCAACUAGGGAUUGAGGAAGAUCUAGAGCCUUCUAAAUCUCAGACUCGUAAACCCAAGUGUGGGAAAGGAACUCACUGCUCUCGAAAUGCUUACAUGUUGGUGUAUCGACUGCAGACACGGGAAAAAUCUCUAACAGCAGAAGUCCCAACUUUUCUGCAGGAGCUCGUCGAACGGGAUAACUGCAAGUUUGAAGAGUGGUGUAACGAAAUGUCAGAUAUGCGUAAACAAAGCGUGGUCAGAGGCAAAAUCAAACAUGAAGAGGUGAAGGAGCUCUACCAAAGGUUGCCUGCUGAAGCUGGGUGCCCGUAUGAGUUUGUGUCUCUUGAAUGGUUACAGAAAUGGCUGGAUGAAUCUACCCCUCCCAAACCCAUAGAUAACACUGCAUGCUUGUGCUCACAUGGCAAAUUGCACCCUGAUAAAAUAUCAAUUAUGAAGAGGAUAUCUGAGUAUGUUGCUGACUACUUCUACAGGAGAUACGGAGGGGGGCCCAGGCUAAAUGUUAAAGCACUUUGCAAGGACUGUGUGGUAGAGAGGUGUCGAAUACUACGACUGAAAAACCAAUUAAACGAAGACUAUAAAACUGUCACAAACUUGCUGAAAAUUACAGUAAAGGGUAAUGAUGGAUUUUGGGUUGGAAAGUCAUCCUUGCGGAGUUGGCGUCAGUUGGCUCUGGAACAGUUAAAUGAACAAGAUGAUGAUGCAGACCAGAAUAAUGGAAAAAUGAAUGGAGAUGCGCAAAACAAAGAUGAGUCAACUGAAGAAAAGAGGGAGGAGGAAGAGGAGUUAAAUUUUAAUGAAGACCUUGUUUGCCCACAUGGUGACCUAUGCAUAUCAGAAAAUGAAAGGAGGGUUGUUUCUAAAGAAGCCUGGAAAAAGCUCAAGCAGUAUUUUCCAAAGGCCCCAGAAUUUCCAAGUAGCAAAGAGUGCUGUUCCCAGUGCAAGGUAUCUGAAUAUCUGAUGACUUUUCUGUUUUUCCAGGAGACAGAUGAGCUCUACAUUGUAUCACAGUUUUUUGUAGAAGAAUGGAGGAAAUUUGUAAGGAGGCCUACAAGAUGCAGUCCUGUAUCAUCAGUAGGAAACAGUGCUCUUCUCUGCCCACAUGGGGGCCUCAUGUUCACAUUUGCUUCCAUGACCAGAGAAGACUCUAAACUUAUAGCUCUAAUAUGGCCGAGUGAGUGGGAGGCAAUACAAAAACUAUUUGUUGUGGAUCACGUUAUCAAAAUCAUCAGAAUGCAAACUGCUGAGACGAGCCCUGAGAGCACGCUUUUCAAUUCUGAGCCCAAGCUGUGUCCAGAAUGCAGAGAAGGAUUGUUAUGCCAGCAGCAGAGGGACCUGCGUGAGUACACCCAGGCCACCAUCUAUGUACAUAAAGUGGUGGAUAAUAAAAAGGUAAUGAAGGAAGCUGCUCCAGAACUGAAUGUGAGCAGUUCAGAAGCUGAAGAGGAAAGGGAGGAAGCCAAACCAGAAGGGGAACAGGAUCCAGAUUUUAACCAGACUAAUGGUGGUGCAAAACGACAGAAGAUAUCCCACCAGAACUACGUUGUUUAUCAAAAGCAAGGCAUCAGACGGAGCACACGACACAGAAAAGUCAGAGGGGAAAAGGCACUACUUGUUUCUGCCAACCAGACAUUGAAAGAGCUGAAAAUACAGAUCAUGCACGCAUUUUCAGUUGCUCCGUUUGACCAGAACUUGUCGAUCGAUGGGAAGAUACUAAAUGAUGACACUGCAACACUUGGUGCCCUUGGAGUCAUUCCAGAGUCAGUCAUUUUAUUAAAGGCUGAUGAACCAAUUGCAGAUUAUGCAGCAAUGGAUGAUGUUAUGCAAGUUUGUAUGCCUGAAGAAGGAUUUAAAGGGACUGGUCUUCUUGGACACUAAUGUUUUUUUAUAACCUCUGGCAGCAGAGAAAUGACCAGAAACGAAGAGGAUUUUGACAUGGUAGGGCAUUAAAGCAAAGGUGGAUAUAGGACUAAACAGUUGCUUGACUCUUCCGGAAGGCAGAAACCCAUUCUGAAAUGACUGCCCCAAAUGCCUUAUGUCAAAGCAGAUUGCACUGAAGAGACAUCCUGACUUCAAGAGAGCGUUUCAGAUUUUAUAUUUAAUAAAACAAAAGUAAAAGUAUAGUAGCAGUAACAAUAUAUCAUGUUUACAGACAAAUUUCUAGCUGAGGAAGGGAGAGGCAUUCUAUUGUUUCCUUGCUCUGAUUUCAUACCACAGUCAUCUGUCCAUAAAGAAAUAGUAAUACAGUAGAUCAAAAACAUCUUGAUCUGUCCUAAAGUAACUCUUUAGAGAGAAACCUGCUUACAGAUAUCCUGUCUUUGAUCCACUCUUACUCUUUCAGUACAGCACGGAAGUAAAUAAUUUGUUAAUUGUGAAGAAUGACUAGCUUUUUCAGAUUUCAUAUAUGUACCCCAAAAUGUAAACUGUGGCUUGCCUGUGAAAGCCUUUCAUCAGUGGCUCUUCAGCACAGAGGUAAGGGGGAUAAGGAACUCUCUGCUGUCUCUGGAGGCUCCAUCACACACCCAUCCUUUUGCAGUUUCACUUUCAACAUGAUCCUAACUUUAAUAAUCACAUGGUCUUUCUUUGUGAAAUGUGUUUUUAGAAAUGUUGGAUAUUUUAACAACUUUUGAUAACAUCUUCUCCAGUAUGCUACUGCCGAGAGCCAGAAAUCCAUUUCCGCUCUACUGAUCAAUUCAGGAAUGUUGAAUUAAUCUUCACUAGAACAUCAGAAUCAGAGAUACUGAAGGGGGUGAGGUGUCAUACUUAGGGCACAUUUUUCAUGUGAAGAGAUUUUCCUUUUGCUUUCAGGAAUGUGCUAAUCUUUUUUUUUUUUUUACCAUCUGUAAUUCCCAGAAAGGAUCUCUUCCUGACCCUAUUAAAUAUUAGCUGGAAAUAGCUUACCGCUCAAAUAUUUAAAAGGACGCUGUCAAGGUAUCUUUAAUAAUAAAGUUAAACAUUUCCUGGUAGUUUCAUGCUCAACUGUGCUCCCUUAGCCUCUUGCUGAGUUUGGGAUUUGGCAGUGUUUUAUUAUUGUUUUUAAAUUGGCUGUUUAGAGCAAAACUACUGUAUUUAACAAUCCCAUGAGCAUUGCAGGCAGAUUUAAGGGGUCGGGCAUGGAGAGUGGAGGGUAUAUAAAAGCAUGGGCCCAGUAACCUUGAUAGUGUUCUUUUUAACAUUUACCUUUUAUCAGACUAGGUAUAGUGCUCCUUCAGACAAUGAUUAACCUUUGUUCUUUUUCUCUGUACUGAUUUAAUCCAUCUUUUUCCUCCCUCCCUCCGAAACCAUUUAGGGAAGGUGAUAGGGAAUUCAGGCAGCAGGUCUGGACCAGUGAGAGUGGCAAAACAAUUGAUAUAAAGUAUCCUAUUUGGAGCAGUUGUAAGACCAUAAAUAAUGGCUUGGAAAUGAUUUAGAAAAGGGGACUUAAAACUGAGAUUAUUUCUAUUGUAUCUUGAUUUUGUACUUCAAGAUACAGGGUUUGGAUCCAAUAAAAAGGUUGGAUCUUAGAGAGAUGGAACAGUGCAGCUGAGCAAUUUAUUCUUUCCCAAGGUAAAGACUUCAGUAAAAGUUCAAUAUGCUAUUGUUAGUGCUUGAUUAAGCAACUCUACUUCCCUUGAAAACAGGCUUGUUUGCCUGAAAGAGAUUUUAUUCUUUUUAGACUGAAGCACUCACUCAUGUACAUAGCCCCUGGAAGUUUGAUAUUUUUUUCAAUUUGCUGGUUUUUUGGGAGGGUGGGGGGUCGUUUUGUUUUUUAUUUUUGUUUUUUUGUUACGAGAGUCUCUUCCUUGAGAUUACAAUGUUCCAAAACUAAGUCUCUUAAACUUCACAGGGAAGAACUGUAAACCAUGAUGUAUUACAGAGGUAAUGUAUAGCUGUACCUAAUGGCCUUGGUAUGGCUGUAUCUUACAGCUGUGCAGGGGAAACAGGUACAAGAUGUGUUCAGAGGCACAUUAACCGUUUUGUCUGUAUUUGCAAACAUAUUGGACUAAAAUUGUCAUUUGAGCUGUUGAAGCCUUAUUAAAGUGCAUACACAUGGUCUA